CAUCAAAGAAAGGCGUAUCGACGAAGCUAUGGCAUCGGGCGAGAGCGUUCCGGGCUUGGCGCUGCAGUUCUCGGAUGAUCGCUUCUUGCAGCGCGUGCUUUUGGAGGCCCAGAAGAAUGGAAGCGAUGCCGGCUCCAUGCAGCGGCUCCAAGGGAUGGGCUUUGGCCCGGACGUGGCCAAAGUUGCGCUACACGUCUCCUCGGGAGAUGAGAGGAAGGCCUUGGAGCUUUGCAUGUCAGGCUUAUCUUUUGUUGAUGACACCGUGCUGGAAAGCAGAGCACCUCCUGCUCCUUUGCGGUGUUACGUGUGCGGCCAGAAGUAUUUGACCCACAAGUCCCUGGAUAUGCAUCUGAAGGCGUGCAAGCGGCGUUUCGAGUUGCGCGAGUCGAAGCUACCGCCCCAGGAACGCUGCCCCUUGCUGGAAGAGUCCCAACUUCCAUCUGGCGUGCAAUGCUUGGAGCAGCAUUGUGACCUAAUGAGAAGCAAUGGGUCAGUAAGUAUUGGUGAGACCCCUGAGACACCAGAAGACGCAAAAGAUACACGGCAAGUGUACCCCUUCAAGCUUGUACCCUGCGAGUAUUGCAAGCGCACCUUCCAACCAGACCGCUUGGUCACUCACCAACGAGUUUGCCUACACCGCCCAAAGCCCGAGCCAAAGCGUCCGCCGCGGCGGAGGGUCACCCUCGCAGGGCCCCCAGCUGCCGCCAUCGACUCCUACAGCGCCUUCUGCAGUCAGCUGGAGCGGUGCGCCAACUGCUCCCGGCAGUUCCGCCGGGAAGUCCUGGCGACCCACGAGCGGAGCUGCGGCGAGCCCACCCGCCGGCCCAGGCGCGCUGCCACCUCCCCGAUGGUGCGCAGCACCCGCUCCACCUCAAACUCCCUAUCCUUCACCCCGCCCACUCGGGAUGGCAACAGCUCUGGGCCCAACUCCCCGGCCGUGGCAAAGUCCCAGUCCGUGCGCCUCAAGUGGGCGCCGGAGGUGGGGUGCAAGGAGCCCAGCUGCGCACUGCUGCUCGAGCUGGGCCUCAUCUCCCACCCCGCCCCCGAGGAGGAGGCGCGUUUGAGGCGCCAGCUGUCAGACCGCCUGCCGGACGCAAAGGUCGUGGGCGUCUAUGCCACCAAUGCCCAGGAGCACGUCUAUGGGGCGCUAAGGGCAGCCAUGGCCCAGCAUGGCGCGGAGCCAGAGGAGCGAGAGCUUUGGCAUGGCACCUCCUGGGCAUUUGUGUCCAAGAUCCUGAAGCAGGGCUUCAACCGCAGCUUCGCAGGCAGACACGGCACCCUGCUGGGCCACGCCACCUACUUCUCCUCGGAUCCGCGCUACUCCAUGAGGUUCUGCGACAAGAAGGGUGGCGGACAAGACGGGACGAAGGUGCUCUUCGCCUCACGAGUAUUGGUCGGAAGGUAUUGCAAGGGUUCACGUGAAGACGUGGAGCCUCCCGUUCUGAAUGAGCACGGUGAUCGCUACGACUCCACCGUAGACAAUGCAGAGGCGCCCACGAUUUUCGCCGUCUUCCGGGACUUCCAAGCUCUUCCUUUGUUCUUGGUGGAGAUGGCUGCGUGAGGCUGUAGGUUGGCACUGCCUUUUCAUGUGUGCAAAAGCCCCACGUGCCGGCAAACACAUUUAUCAGGUGUCAGCCCAAGUCCAGAUUGCGAUUGCCA